GGCAGCCAGCCGGGCUCAGCUGCCCUCCUUCCUGCGCAGCUGUUGCUGCCGCUCAGCCGCGCUCAUCUGGCCUAGUCAUCCCGGGGAGGGAGGGGACCGCGAGUGCGAUCGCCCCCUUAGUGUGUGCACCACACCCAGGAAGGCAGAUCUCCACUUCUGGGCUCGGCGUGGGGGGGGGGUGUCCCCUGACUGCCCCCCCCACUACCCAAACAGCCCCACCCCCCCGGGUCCAGCUAGAGGGGCUCGUUCCCACGCCUUCCCCAGGACCCGCUUUGCAGAACCCAAGGCGGCCUCCCCAUUGGUCAAGCCCUGCUUCGCGGCCCCUGCCAUUGGCGCCCUCACCCGCAGGUCCCGCCCCCUCCCUCCCCGCCUCUGCAGACUUUGCCAGCUGCGAAGUUUGUGCGGUACAAAAGUUGCCAAGAGAAGUGGAGACAUCCUCCCCACCCCGACACCUCCGGAUCUGGGGCGACGGAGCCAGGGAGCCCGCGGACUAAAGGCGCAGACCAGGUGGGCAUGCAGAGCGAUGGCUGAUAAUUCGGACUCCCGGGAGUCGGAGAACAACAGCUGGGUGAUCGCAGGUUCUGAGGCUCUACCGGUGGAGGAACUUGGCUCUGAAGCUGCAGAGGAAACCCAGACAGAGCCUGAGCUGGCAAAAGAUGGCACCCAGGCGUCUCCUGCUGACAGUAAGCAAACAGCUGAGCAGCCUGAUCUUGAAGAAGCGAAACUCAAGGACCCUGAGGUUGUGGCCGCCCCUAGUUUGGGAGUGAUCCCCAGCCCUGGCAUAUCCAAGACCACAGAGUCAGUCCUCUUCGAAAGCGACCCCUCGUCCCUGUACAUACAGGAGACGGGCCGCCAUGACGCUGAGGUGGGAUGUGUACCUGACACGCAGGGAACCCCGUUGACCCACAAAGCAGGCCCUUUGGGGGAGCGGAGAAAUGCAUCCAGCAGCGAGGAAGAGUCGGCCAAGGAACGCGAUGUUGAAGGCCUACGCAGACGGAAAGGUCGGGAUUCGCACCUGGUUCCUCCCGGGGCUUCCCAGGACCGACACGGGCAGCCCCUCGGUGGUGAAGAGAGUGCUUUUCCUGGGACUAAGUGGCUCAUUGGCUUGUUGGCCAUCUUGGGCCUGGGCUUGCUCGUCUUCUCGGGGGUCAUCUUUGAGGCGGAGGAAGGCACGGUGGACAUCCUGAGCAGCUGGCCAAACUCGGACAGAGAGGAGCCACAUCUUGGUUCUGACGGGGGGGACUGGCUGGCUUCUCCAUCAGCGGAGUCCAUGGGUGAUGCUAAACCUCCUCACGCCAAGGAAGUACCCCCGUCAGAGGCCCCCAGUGACACCCAGAGCCUGGACGCCAUGGGGCUCGUGUUAGACAAGCUGGCCAAGGAGAAUCAAGAUAUCCGACUGAUGCAGGCUGAGCUGCAGUCCCAGAAGGAGGAGUUGCAGCACCUGCUGCUCAAGACGGAAGGCGAGGCGUUGGCAUUCACCUCCCAGCAGCAACACCUGGCCGCCGAGAACGCCAGGCUCGCCGAGGCGCUGCGGCGGGAGACCGCUGCCCUCCUCGAGGCGCAGGCCGAAGUCCGUCUGCUCCGGCAGAAGCGGCAGGAGCCGGGCCGGGAGGGCGGCGUCCAACCCCAGCAGCCCCCGGGAGAGGAACCGGGGCCGGAACGCCACCCUGACAAGGCGGAGCGCCCGGAAGCCGAAAUCCGCCGGCUGCGCGGCCUCCUGGGGUCGGCUCAGCGGGACGUGGCCAGAGCUUUGCCGAAAGUCCCACCGGGCGAAGCCGCGGACAGGCUGCGCGACCUGGAGCAAAGGCUGGGCCAGGAGUUGGAGCAGACCCGAGGGGAAGCGGGCAGCAAGCCUUCCUGGAGGGAGACCCACAAGGCCAGGCGGGGCAAGGAGACGAGAAGCUGGCAGAAGCAGCCCGGAGCCCAGGAGGAGCGGUGGACGGGCCACCACGAGCACGGCCCCGGCAAAGACCAGCAGGGCCACCGUCCGCCGCACAAGGCCCCCAAGGCGGGAGACGGCGGGGGCCCCCAUCCCCGGAAACACGGCCCGCGGGAGGCCAAGCCGGGCAGAGACGGGGAGCGCCACCGCGGGGGGCGGAAGGCCAAGAAGCCCGCCGACCCCAGUGCAUUGUGGGAGAGGUUGGCCCAGCACCCGUUCCGGGCUCCGCGGGGCUGCGCGGGCGUGGCUGAGUGCGCCCGGCAGGAAGGCCUCGCGCCCGUGCAGAAGACGGACUUCCUGCAGAUGGUCCAGAACUACUUGGCUGGGCUGGGCUGGGGCGACCACUACCGGGGCCUGGCCGCGGCGCUGGACGGGUAUUUCGGCGGCGACGGGGCCUUCGCCCACGACCGCCUGAGCUUCGUCGACUUUCUGGAUGAGGUGGAGGACGCGCUGGAGGAGCUGGCGGAGCACCUGGGGGGCAGCGAAGAAGAAGUGGAUCAUUUCGAGGAGGUGGUCCUGUGGCAGCUGGGGGCAGCCUCUGGGGGCAGGUUUGCUCAGCAGAACGGCACCCAAAGGCCCCCCAAGGAACGGAGCCGGGAGGGACAUGCACGCAAGAACGGCCAGGAAGGCACCGGCCGGACCCAUGGCUAGACCCACAGCCCUACCAAGGCGAACUCGCCUUGGGGAGGGGGAAAGGAGUGGACCCAGCUAAGGACUCGGUGAGGCACUGAAGAUUGCUCUGGCGUUGAAAUCUGGUGGCAGAGAUCUCCACUCCCCUGCCCAAAUCGGAUACGUGCAUUUACCCCCAACGCCUGCCCUUCUGUCCCCCAUGGAGACCGCCCGGCUGCCUGGAGGGGGUGUCUCUUUGGCAGCACCAGCAAUCACACGGAAAAGGAUGUUCUCCACCCGGCGAAUGAGUCGUCUGUGUGUGCCGUUGGUGUCCGAAGUGCCCGAAACCUGCCUCCAGCCAGACGCAGGUGCCCAGAUCUAGUACUCUGUGGCUCUCGCCUUUCUUUUCUUUUCAAGAAAGUCUUGGGACUCAAUAGUCAUGUCAAGCGUGAGCCGGUGUGGGCACCAGAGCGUCUCGGAUCAGAAACUGGACGCAGCCGAGGCCUUUCGCAGGAUCCGUUUUUCGCCCGCGCUGGCCUUGGACUCUCCCCGAGUUCUGCUCUGAAAAGUUUGCAGAAUUUCCCCGCAAAACUUCACCCCUGGCUCUGCCGCCGAUGACUGUAAGCAAGGGAACGGUGGGAAGCGUGUGUGUGCCCCUCUCCUUUGGGGGUUGACUAGCAUGGGGUGGCCCCCUCUCCCCCCGCCCCCUGCACUCUAGCCCCCUCCUCCUGGUCCUCCUCCUCACAAUUCCUUGCACUGUGAGUGUGACAGAAGCCAAAUAAAGCCACUUAAGUCAAAGAAG